AUGUCCGAGCUGGCUACGGUUACGCCCACCAAACCAGGGUUUCAGUACGGGACAGUGUUCCCCAACGACAACCCUGGUUCCGUCCAGGGUUCGGCGGUCUGCGACGGCACCAAGGAUGCCAGCCGUUGCACAACCUGCCUCUCCGGUCUCCAACAGUUGCUUGUCGACUCUUGCAGCCGGUACGAGGGCGGCGGGGCUAAAGGCGGCGUGGUUUGCGGCAUGGCGUUUGGCAUAGUUCACUGA